CUCGUACAGGUGAUGUGAGAGGCAAACAUUGCAGCUUCUUACCAAAUUCCCCAAAACCCAGGAUUUAAAGUGUCAUGCAGGGGAGGUUUAGAUUGGCUGAGACAUCAUGACCUGGACAAGCCCUUUGACCCUUCUUCAACGUGGCUGGACAAGGCACAGAGACCAGGACGGACCUAUCAGGAAGGUGGUCUCCAACCUGCCCUUCGAAGACCUGAGGAAACGUGAACAGCCGAACCGACAGUAUGAGGGCAACGCCAUCAAAACCAACAAAUACAGACUGUGGUCUUUCCUCCCCAUGAACUUAUUCGAGCAGUUCCACCGCUUGGCCAACAUUUAUUUCGUGGGCCUGGCCAUCUUGAAUUUCAUCCCAGUGGUGAACGCGUUCCAGCCGGAGGUGGCUCUCAUUCCCAUUUGUAUCAUCCUGGCACUGACCGCUGUCAAGGAUGGCUGGGAGGAUUUCCGGCGGUACCAGACUGACCAACAGCUCAACAAUAUGCCCUGCUACAUAUUCAGAAGGAGGCUGAUGUGUUUUGUGGAGAGGCGCUGGAAGGAUGUUCGGGUGGGGGAUUUUGUGAAAGUGCUCUCUAAUGAAAUCAUCCCAGCUGAUAUCCUGCUCCUGCACACGUCCGACCCCAAUGGAGUGUGUCAUAUGGAGACUGCCAAUCUGGAUGGAGAAACCAACCUCAAGCAGAGGAAGGUGGUGCCAGGAUUCUCUACUCUGGGUGAACCGUUUCAACCUCAGACAUUUGAAAGCACAGUUGUGUGUGAAAACCCCAACAACAACCUCAACCUGUUCAAAGGUUUCAUAGAAAGGCCUGAUAAGAGGAGAAGCGGCUUCGGAAUCGACAGUCUUCUGCUGCGCGGCUGCACUGUCAGAAAUACUGAUGACGCCGCUGGAAUAGUGGUGUACGCAGGACAUGAGACCAAAUCCAUGUUGAACAACAACGGGCCCAGGUACAAACGCAGCAAGAUUGAGAGGAAGAUGAAUACGGAUGUUCUCUUCUGCGUGCUUCUUCUAUUUUUCAUGUGUCUCAUCGGAGCCCUGGGCCAUGCGAUCUGGUUGGAAACUUUUAGCACCAUGCCCUCGUACAUCGUCCCUGACAGUAAUGGCAAUUAUAUCUCUUCAGCGCUGGCUGGAUUUUACAUGUUCUUCACAAUGAUCAUCUUACUACAGGUGAUGAUUCCUGUGUCAUUGUAUGUGUCCAUUGAGCUGGUGAAGAUGGGUCAGAUCUUCUUCAUCACUCAAGAUGCAGAGCUUUACGAUCAGGAGCUGGACAGUCGAGUCCAAUGUCGUGCUCUGAACAUCACAGAAGACUUGGGACAGAUCCAAUAUGUCUUCUCUGAUAAGACAGGGACUCUCACAGAAAACAAGAUGGUAUUCAAGCGCUGCACCAUCAUGGGGACUGAAUACUGUCAUGAAGAGAAUGCUGCUCGCUUGGCGGUCAUCAAUGGUGGAGGAAGUGAAGAGGAGGAGGUCACCAUCUACCAGAAGACAAAGCUUCCUCCGCUCUUCCCUCUGGAAGAAUUACAGGACGGCCACACGGGGCACAAAAAUGACGCCAACACUCAAGUCGCAGCUGCCAGUCGACGCAGAUCAAAAGUGGCAGCGGGAGCCCAAAGUGACAUGGCCUUCAGCAGUCCUCUGGAAACAGUGGUGGUUCCAGACAGGAAGCUGUUGCUGGAAGUGGACCAUCAGAUGGCGAGUAUUCAGACCGGGCCCUACCUGGACUUUUUUUUGGCGUUGGCCAUCUGCAACACAGUGGUGGUUUCCACAUUGACCGCCCAGAGACAGAGGGUCAAAGGCCAUUGUAACUCCUCAUACUCUGGAAGUUCAAGUCACAACAUGGGACAGUGGUUCAAAAUAAGCUCUGUGCAAAAGUUUUUCUCCUCUAUGAGGUUUAAGAGAAACGGAGAGACACUGGCAGAUCCCUUCGCCAUAGACGAAGAUGAGCCAGACACAUUUCACAUCUCCAGUGUCUCAAACUCCAGGCCGGGCCAGAAGGUCAUUUCAAGUGAAGGCAAGGAUAAACGCAGUCUGUCGGGGUCAGAAGAGGUGUGUUAUGAGGCCCACAGUCCAGAUGAGGCCGCUCUGAUACACGCAGCAAAGGCUUAUGGGUUCACCAUGGUCGAACGCACUCCUCGUUAUGUGACUGUCAAGCUGCCCAAUGAAACGUUGCUGAAGUUUGAGGUGUUGGACGUCUUGACCUUCGACUCGACGCGGAGGAGGAUGUCCAUUAUAGUACGUCACCCGCACACAAAUGAAAUCAUCAUGUACACUAAAGGAGCUGAUUCAGCUGUUAUGGAGAAACUGGGGAAUGUUUUCUCAGUUGAGAGUGCAGCGAAGCAAAUCGCUGUGAGAACUCAAAAAGACCUUGACAUGUACGCCAGGGAUGGAUUACGAACACUGUGCUUUGCCAAAAAGGUUAUCAGUGAACAGGAGUUCAAGGCCUGGUUUACUUGUAGACAAGAGGCUUUGUCAGCCAUCGACGAGAAAGAAGAACGCCUCAUGGAGACUGCAAACUGCAUCGAGAACAACCUCACUCUGUUGGGAGCAACUGGCAUUGAAGACCGGCUCCAAGAAAACGUCCCAGAAACAAUCCAGGCUCUGAGACGGGCUGGCAUGCAGGUUUGGGUACUGACAGGAGACAAACCCGAGACGGCUGUCAACAUCGCUUACUCCUGCAAGCUGCUGGACCAUGAAGACCUGGUGUUCACUUUCACCACAAACAAGAAGUCGGUGUGUAAAAUGCGAUUAGAAGACACAUUGAGCGAGGUGCGACGAACCCGGGGCGGACUUGGUUUGGACCCCCAGUUCAGGGGUUAUAAUUCUACAUUCACUGACCCACUGAUGGAGCCCAGUAUUGGGCUGGUAAUUGAUGGGCCAACUCUGAACCACGCCCUAUCGGACGACCUGGUGGAGCAGUUUGUGGAGCUCUGCAAAUACUGCCGUGCAGUGCUUUGCUGUCGAGUGACGCCUCUGCAGAAGAGCAGCGUGGUCAAAGUCAUCCGGCAGAAACUGAGGGUCAUGACCCUCGCUGUAGGGGACGGCGCCAAUGAUGUGAACAUGAUUCAAGCUGCAGACGUUGGAAUCGGAGUUUCUGGACAAGAAGGGAUGCAGGCAGUCAUGGCCAGUGAUUUUGCCAUCACACGCUUCAAACACCUGCAAAGAUUGCUGCUGGUUCACGGUCACUGGUGCUACUCAAGACUAGCCAACAUGGUCAUCUAUUUCUUCUACAAGAAUGUGGCGUAUGUGAAUCUGCUCUUCUGGUAUCAGUUCUUCUGUGGCUUCUCAGGCACAGCCAUGAUCGACUACUGGCUCAUGAUAUUUUUCAACCUGUUCUUCACCUCUGCUCCUCCCAUCAUGUUUGGCAUAAUGGACAAGGAGGUGUCAGAUUCAACUUUACUGAGCCUGCCUGAGCUCUACAGGAGAGGACAGCACUCAGAGGGAUACAGGCGUUCAACGUUUUGGAUCGCAAUUCUUGAUGCUUUCUAUCAGAGUCUGGUGUGCUUCUUCAUUCCAUACUGGACGUACAACGAUUCAGACAUCGGCAUCUUCUCAUUCGGCACUCCCAUGAACACAGUCUCUCUGUUCACCAUCAUCCUGCAUCUGGCCAUUGAAAUCAAGAGCUGGACGGUGGUACAUUGGGUGAUCAUGGUUGGCAGUGUGCUGGUUUACUUCAUACUGACUCUGGCGUACAGUGCCAUCUGCAUCAGCUGCAACCCUCCGUCUGACCCCUACUGGAUCAUGCACAAGCAAAUGGCCGAUCCCAUGUUUUACCUCGUCUGCAUUUUAACAACAGUUGUUGCUUUACUACCAAGGUACACUUUGCAUGUACUAAAGGGAACACUGGCCCCAUCUCUUCACCUCCGUGCACGGCAGCUGGAGCGCCUGCCCUCCUCCUGUCGAGAGCAGCAGAUCAGAGAGUGGCGUGGUUUCAGAGACACGUGUAUCUCUGCUUCUCUCAGCUCCUCUGCCUGCCCCAGUGCAUGAACUACACAGCAUACAGAGAAUGACAGUGAGUUCUGCAAUACUGAGAACUGCCAACCGAAACUGAUAUUCAUGUUUUGCACACAUGGAUGCACUGCAGAAAGAGCAUCCAGUGGUGUUUGACACACUUGUGUUGAUUUAGCCUGGCUUAUGGCAAGCCGUUUUAAGAUUCUGUCAAUAGACUGUACUUGAAUCCAUUUUCAUGCUGCUAGUAGCUACCUAUUUUUAGAUACUAGAUCCUUUUUGAAAUAUUAUUUAUUCAUUAGCAAGUAGUUCUUAUUUUUUAGGAUUCUAGUACUUUUUAAAAUAGACACUAGUACUUAGGCUAAUAUGUAUUAUUAAAUCCUUAUUUAAAGAUACUGAUAUUUAUUCGAAAGGUACUAGUGCAGCAAGCAUUUUUAUGAGUAAGAUAGACAUCUUGGCUAAAAACAAGGUUACAUUUUGUGCUGUCAGAUGUCGAAUGAUUGUGUAAAAAUACACUAGUCAUCAAAUAGGAAUAAAUUACUAUAAGUAAAGUCUGUUUAUUAGUUUGUUUUUUGACUAUUAAUGUCCUUGUUUUAGCCAAUACAUCUAUGUUUAGGUGUCUAUUAGACAUCUUUUAAAUACAAAAAGUCUUGAGAAGUAGUAUCUAUCUUUAAAUACCCACCAUUGAAAAAUGUAGGCGGUUCAUUCCGCUGUGGGGACCCCAGUAUAAUAAAGGGACUAAGCCGAAAAGAAAUGAAUGAAUGAAUAAAAAAUGUAAUGUAAGUUUUAUCCAAAAGAUUAACCCAUUGAGUUUGUCUAUAUUGGACCCUGAGGAGCUGAUUCGAAUGUUAUGACACGACUGAAUGGGCAUUAUCAGUGGUUAUCAGCUGAUACAUAUGGGCUAGUAGUCAGCUAUAGAUCACAUACGGCUGCAGCCGGAAGUUAACGAGAAUUAUUUAUUUUAUUUAUUACAUUUCCCAUUAAAUUUACUUUAAUAAUGUCUGCCCCUACCCCAUUGCUAAACCCAACCAUCACAGUAAUGUAAAAACAGAUCUGGAUCUAGAGUCUUCUCUAUUAGUAUAGCCGAUUAACCACAGGAAUCAUUUAUGUUAUAUAUUAAAUUUCCCAUUGAUUGUAUUUUAUUAACGCCUACCCCUACCCCAACUGCCACACUAAUGUAAAAACAGAUCUGGAUCUGGAGUCUUCUCUAUUAGUAUUGCUAAUAACCAGGGCUUGAUAUUAACACCUGCCAACCCACCAAAUCUGGCGGGUAGAUUCAGCUGUGGUGGGUAAGACAGACACUCCCACAAGCCACUUUGGCUGGUUGAAAAUAAUUUUCCCGGAUAAUAACUCUUAAAAGCAGGGUUCGACAAUAAGGAUGGCCCAAUAUGCAUGCAAAGGUGAUCUUAGAAAUGAAAAGCAACACGACUGACAAAAAUAAUUGUGUUUGCGCGAGCAAAGAAAGCAGGUCAAUACUGAAUAAGAGGGUAAUCACUCACGCUAACAGCUGAUGUGAUGCACGCGACUGUUUAAAACACAUGCGCGUUCCCGUUUCCUUGCGUGAAGCAACUGUGUCUAGAAACACAACUGAUGUGAUCGGUUCUCUUUCAAAUAGACUAGACAAAAAGUUAUGCUCAUGCACCCAGUCUUGUUGUUUUCAAGAGCUCCAGAUUUGUCUUUUUGUAAGCAGCACCGGUUGAUUGCGCUUUGACUAUUCUUUGAACAGAUUAUUAUUGAGUAACCGUGUGUGUGAUCAUCCUUUUAUCGCACACAGUUCUUCACCUGCUUUCUUU